UAAUGGAGUAGCUCAAAUAGCAAAUCCAAGAAUAAGUGGAAGAAUAAGAUAUAGUUGAGGAUUUAAAUAUUGAAGGUGUGAAAAUCACAAAAUUCACUGAGGAAAUGGCUACUCUCUUUACUCAACAUGAAUAGCUUCUAGGUUUGACAUUUGAAAAUUGUGGAUUAACUACUCUUGAAGGAUUCCCUAAAUUAAAGAAAUUAUAAAAUUUAGAGUUAGAAAACAAUUCUUUAACAGGAACAGCAAUUAAAUUUAUAUCAGAUAAUUUCAAAGAGUUGCUAAACUUGAAUUUAUCACAAAAUAAUAUUAAGUCUGUUGAUGUAAUCAUGAAGAAUAACAUGAUAGGAUUUGAAGCCAUUAGCCACACUAACCAAAUUAGAAUCAUUAGAGUUGAAAGAUAACCCUUUGACUAAAGAAGCAGGAUAUCAUAAAAAGGUGUUUUAACUUAUUCCAUCCCUUAAAGUAUUAGACAAUAAAAAUGAGAAAGGUGAGGAAGUUCUCGAUGUAUCAAAAUUAUAUUUAAGAAUUAGGAUGAAGAUGAUGAUGAUGAAUUUGAUGAAGAUGAAGAUGAUUCAUAUGAUGAAAGUAUAGAAGAUGAUGAAGAAUCUGAAGAGCCUGUUAAACCAACAAAAAAAACAAAAAAAUGAUA